AUGAAGUCGACCAACAAGGAAAGAAUGUUGGAGGAAAAGCUAGAGGAAGAUAAUGAAAGAGAGUUAUGUAAUGACCUUUGCUAUCCUUUGCAUUGGUUCAAAAUGCUGGCAACUGAGAUGCAUUGGAGCUUCAUUUAUGGCAUUGUGGUGGUUAAUGGCAUCAACCAGGGGCUAGGCGGAGCCGUUGGCCGAGUGGCUUCAGACUAUUACUGGAAGGAUGUCCAGGAGGUUCAGCCUUCAGAGUCUCAGGUUUAUCAGGGGAUAACUUCCCUCCCAUGGAUCAUUAAACCACUCUGGGGUCUCCUCACUGACAUCCUCCCCGUCGCCGGCUACCGGAGAAGGCCCUACUUGAUUUUAGCAGGUCUUCUGGGAGCAAUUUCUAUGCUCAUAAUAUGGCUAGAGAAGGAUCUAUUUACUAUGCUUGCCUUGCUUCUGCUCACCAUAGCAAAUGCAGGAUCAGCAAUAGCAGAUGUUACUAUUGAUGCUUGUAUUGCUCAGAACAGUGUAACUCACCCUUCACUUGCCUCCGACAUGCAAAGCCUCUGUGGCUUGAGUUCUUCCAUUGGAGGCUUACUUGGUUUCUCCAUCAGUGCCUUCCUCAUGGACGCAAUUAGUUCUCAGGAGGCACUUGGACUGCUAAGCUUUCCUUCUUUACUGGUGCUCUCGGUUGGAAUGGUACUGAAAGAGCAGUAUGCACAAGAUUUUUCAUAUUGUCAGAUCCACGAGAAGCUAAUGCAAGCAAAUAAAACAAUGUGGAAAACAUUGAAGUGCGCUGAGGUUUGGAAGCCAUGUAUCUUUACUUUUGCUUCUCUGGCUCUCAGUUUGAACAUCCAAGAAGGAAUGUUCUACUGGUACACGGAUAGCAGCACUGGACCAGCCUUCUCCCAGAAGAACAUCAGUUUCAACUAUUCCAUUGGCUCUAUAGGAUCUCUACUUGGUGUCCUACUCUACCAAAACUCACUCAAGGAUUAUCCUUUCCGUUUCAUUCUGUUUUGGACGCAGUUCCUCUCAAGCAUACUAGGAUUUCUAGAUCUCGUGCUGGUUCUUCGCCUCAACCUCAAGCUUGGCAUUGAAGAUUACAUAUUCAUGGUGAUCAGUGAGGCCAUUUCGCAGAUGGUCGGUCGUGUAAAGUGGAUGCCAAUCCUUGUGCUAAGUUCCCAGCUCUGUCCAAUAGGGAUAGAAGGCACCUUCUUUGCAUUGCUAAUGUCCAUUGAUCAUGUUGGCUUGCUUGUUUCCUCGUGGGGCGGCGGCCUGAUGCUUCAGCUACUUAAAGUUACAAGAACAGAGUUUGGUAAUCUGUGGAUGGCUAUAUUGAUUCGAAAUUUGUUAAGAUUACUACCUCUUCUGCUAUUAAAUUUGGUUCCUAAGAAUGAUCAGAAUUCCAUGGUUCAGUCUGAAGAUUAUUUUGUGAGUAAUGAAGCAGUGGGAGCUGUGUUAUCAGAUACAAAUGGUGUGGAUCAUGAGUCACUUAUCCUUCAUUGA